GGGUCAAAGCUGCAAAAAGCCACCGGCCUGAAAGAAAAGGAAGAGCCGUGUUCACCUGUGGGUCUGCAAAGGAAAAUACUGUGAGGAGAUGCCCACCACCAAGAUAAAAGAGGGUACCCUCGUGCAGUGAUAUAGUUUCCCUUUUUGCCGUGGUCUGACCCGCUGGGGGGGUAGCAGCAUGUCUCAGGACUGAGGAGCCCUCCCAAGAUGGGCGCUCGGCACUCUGUGAAUUGCAGAAGAGUCCCCCUGCUUCUUUGGCGUAUCGUGUGACUUCCACGGGCUGGACUCUCCUUUAUUCGCCCCCGAACUGGAGACGCACACCACGAGGAUUCGGAUUUUGUUUACAACUGCUGGAUUCCCCCGAGGCUUUGUGAAAGGAGCAUUAAUGUUGGGUGUGGCUGUAACGAUUACACAUCGCUGAGGCAUCCCAAGCAUCCAAGAUGUCUUCCAACAUGUUGGUCAGCUUCUCAGUGGCCAUUUUUCUGGCUUUGACCUCGCUGGGUGGACUAAACCAUCAAGUUUUGGCCCAAGCUCCUCCAAAUAACCAGACGACUGAGCGAUCGGUGUUACCAGAGGCUGCACUGCCAACACCAACUCCAAACAAAGAGGACCAAACAGUCCCAGGUGGGGCCAACCGGUGCUGGGGUUACUACGACGUCAUGGGCCAGUGGGACCCGCCCUUCAACUGCAACGCUGGGAUCUAUAGCUUUUGCUGCGGUUCUUGCUUCUACCGCUUCUGCUGCCAAUUCAAAAUCCACAGUUUGGAUCAGACUUCCUGUUCCAACUAUGACACGCCUGUCUGGGCAAACACAGGGCGACCGGAGGACCCUGUCACUGAGGUUCAACCGGAGCCGGACCGCGACCAAACCCAUAUGAUCGUGUAUAUUAUCUGUGGCGUGGUGGCCAUCAUGGUGCUCAUCGGGAUUUUCACCAAGCUGGGGUUGGAGAAGAGCCAAGGAGGACAGACGGACAUGACCAAUUCCAGGACUUUGACAGAGCUGCUGAAGCAGCCAGGCGAGGCGGGGAUUAUGGACGGAACCGGAAUCCACCACCCUGUAGGGACCAACGGUAUCUCGGCCAGGGCGUUACGCUCCAACAACGAUCACAACCAUCUGAAUAAUGCAGCCUUGUCUCCCCUGGGACCUGCCAUGGCCUUGUCUCACCCUCACAACAACCUCGGCAUCGGCUUCAACAAGUAUUCCUCACUCAAGGGAGUGGACACAACUCCCAGAGAUUACUACAAGAGCUACCCCAUGGUGGACUACACCCACCGCCAGUCUCCUCCUACUUUCCAACCAAUCAACUUCCACCCGAAGGAAAAGUCCUUCCUCCCACCUCCCGACAUCCACGCACCGCUGGCCAUCACCAUCAACGCUUCCCAGAUCCCCAAACCCAAGAUCUCUAAAACCAACACCCACCCGCUCACGUCAGGCUCGGCCUUCAAAGCCUGGGACCCCAGUAAGAGCCACGCCCAGCGCCCUGCCGCGUCCCACAUGGGCCAGCAGCACCACCCCAUCCAGCUGCAGCACCACCAGCCGCUGCACCAGCCCAACAGCCGGCGCCAUGCCUACUCCAACAAGAGGCAGUUCAGCAUCGAGACGCUGCCCGAGCUCUUCUCCCAACCGCUGGCCUACGGCCACUCGCCGCAUGUGCACCCCAAGCACAAGGGACUUCCCACCAACAGCAAGACCGAGGUCACGGUUUGAACAUGAAGCGCCCAGAGAGAAAAGAAAUGCUCUUUUAUAUCCGCCGGGUUAACUGCAGGAGAGGCAAGCAAAUAUCGUUUUUUUGAACGGCCUUUUCCUUAUCAUUGUUGAUAACAACAACAUGGCUACUUUGUACAGCCAUUGGAACAAAACAGCCAGAGCAGACAAGCUGAGGUGUGGGCUAAAUCUUUGGUUCUCAGUGUGUUGGCACAGUUCUCAACUCCGCUCCCACCCAAGCCAUUCAGCAUGGCUCUAUAUCAAGAAACCCCACAAGAGAUCACUUUCCAGAGAGGCUGCUAGGGCAGGGAGAACCGUGGCUUCUAACCACCAGAGACCAUGCCGUGGUCUUAUUGGCUCCCUCUGGGGGGGUUUAGAGAACAGCCUGGAAAGUCACACCAGAGAGCAGGAUGGGGGUUCUUUGCAUGAAAUAAGAGGAAUGUGAACUGUACACACUCAGUGAGAGAGAGAACACACACUUGUCACAGAGGAUUUCUGGCAGCCUCGCAAACAAACAUGGAAUAUUGUUCUCUCAUCACACUGCCUCAAUAAAUAAGGGAAGAUCUCUCGUAGCAAACCUCAAUUCCAAGUCAACCCUCCCUUGUGUUCCGAAGGCUGAACGUACAGAAACCAAGUAGAAGUAUUCCAGUACGAAGGCAAAGAGUUGAAAAGAGUUGUUGUGUAUUCACGGCAUCGCAAAGGGGAAACUCGUUUACUGUAUUUUGCGGGUUACAGAGCACACAAGUCAUCAAGCCGCCCCCAGAAAAACAUUAUUUUACAUAUAUUAGCCGCACCAGACAAUAAUAUACCAAAUGUUUAUUUGCGACGUGCCCUGUCACACAGAAGUAAAACGGCUGAUCAAACAAAACGGAAGUCAUGGUCAUGGACCCACUAGCUGGGGAAUAGCUCUCCAAUCAGCUAAACAGACUUAUAUUAACUCCACAAUGAUUUGCUGGGGAAUUUACAAAACUGAAACAAUACGAAAUGAAUGUCAUUGUAAGUUACUCAUACUAACACAGACACUUGUAAACAUUUUAGCAUUUUCACUAAUGCUAUGCAUGAAAACACUCCUACCAACAUCACACAUGAGACGGUUUAGUAAGUGUGAAUUGUUUUAGUUGUAUUGUAAAACUUAGAAAACGUUGCUUGGGAGUGAUGAAUCGAGAAUUCUUUCGAGCAGAAACGCUACCGACGGUUAUUCUUCUGAUUGAAGGCAAGGAAGUUUAUUUUCAACCCGUACCACCUGCAGUGAGAAAACUCGUCCAAAAGAUGGCGCCAUGACACAAACCAUAACACACCCUUUUAGUGUCCCUGUUGGUCUAAUAUGAAAACUAUUUGUUGAAUAGAAGAUGUCAGGUUCAAACACUGAUGACAUUUAUUAAACAGACAAGAAGCAAGGAAUCAUGCAGAGACAGAGUUCAAUUUGGCUCAAUGAGGAGAGACGUUUUGGGCUGUACUCUAGUUACAGAUCCUAACUGCGCUCUAAAGUCCAGCUCACGUGCUCCACUAUUUAUUUGGGAGGUCCCUGGUUACAUCACAGGGGCUGCUUCUGAAGCAGCUCCAGUUAGACACAAUAUAUGACUAUUCAUGAAAUGCAAAUGUGCUGACACUCGUGAUAUCGCCCUGUCUCUGCUCUGUCUGCGUCACGGCACUCGAUGUUCUGGACACAAACACUGAUACGAGACGAUGUCCCUUUUUACGGAUAGAAAAGUACAACUUCAGCGCAAUUGAUAAUAACUAUAGCAACGGCCUUCAAGCAUAAGAGUUGUGUGGUAACUGACACAUAAUUAUUCUAACCAAAAUAUAACAAUGAAAAAUCCCUAAAUUAGCCACACCGUUUAAUAAGCCGCAGGGUUCAAAGCGUAGGAAGAAAGUAGCAGAAUAUAGUCUGAAAAAUUAUGGUAAUUGCAAAUGUCGGCCUUUAACCAGUGACAUCAGAAAUAAAUGAUAAUAAUUCAGUGGCUGGUGAUGGUGGUCAGGACAUUUAUAUGGAAAUGUUUUCAUUCAUCUGGGAUUUGCAUUCACAUUUGAAAGUUGCCCUUUUGAAUAGUCACUGAGGAAGUGUAAAGUCGAGGCAUUUUUUUUGUAAAAGGAUGAUCAGAAUUUACAUUUAAAACACCUCCCUAUGGUCUAGAUCAGUGGUCCCCAACCUUUUUGUACUUGCGGACCGGUCAAUGCUUGAAAAUUUGUCCCA